UUGGUUUUACGACUCGGUGCAUCUUGUUAACUUACUGCAAUUCACACUGCAAUUCACACUGCCAUAGCGCCGAUAUAUCAAGAUGGAUCGGUUGAACAGAAUGCUUGCCGGUGCCAGCGGCAUGGGACUCGGCGCCGCUCCGGGGACGGAUAACCAAAACCUAAUCGAUAACUCCGAGACCGUAUACAUCUCCUCCCUUACGCUACUCAAGAUGUUACGACACGGACGAGCUGGUGUGCCCAUGGAAGUCAUGGGACUUAUGCUGGGAGAGUUCGUCGACGAUUUCACAGUACGAGUGGUGGACGUCUUUGCUAUGCCCCAGAGCGGUACCGGUGUCAGUGUCGAAGCUGUCGACCCGGUAUUCCAGCAGAAGAUGAUGGACAUGUUGACGCAGACCGGACGACCUGAGUCGGUCGUUGGAUGGUACCAUUCUCAUCCCGGAUUCGGAUGUUGGCUUUCCUCGGUCGAUAUCAACACCCAACAAAGCUUCGAGCAGUUAACGCCGAGAGCCGUCGCCGUCGUCGUCGAUCCCAUACAGUCAGUCAAAGGAAAGGUUGUCAUCGAUGCUUUCCGUCUCAUCAACCCGCAAUCUCUGAUGCUCGGACAAGAGCCAAGACAGAGUACUUCCAACCUGGGUCACCUGAAUAAGCCCUCUAUCCAAGCGCUUAUUCACGGACUCAACCGACACUACUACUCCAUAGGCAUCAACUAUCGCAAGACCGCGCUGGAGGAGAACAUGCUCAUGAACCUGCACAAGCACGUAUGGACCGAGGCAUUGCAGAUGGAAGACUUUAGACACGAGGACGAGCAGAACAAGGAUCGUUUCAAGACACUGGUGACCUUAGCCGAGGGCUACGAGAAGAGAGUCAAGGAGGAGACCGAGUUAACCAAGGACCAACUUAAGACGCGCUACGUUGGCAAGCUGGACCCCAAGAAGCAUCUUGAGGAUGUUGGACAGAAGCUUAUCGAGGACAACAUCGUUUCCGUGUCGAGGCAGAUGAUCGACAAAGAAGCUACGAUGCCCAAGAAGGAUGCAGCGGCUAACGGCCAAUCAAAUGGGGAUCAUAUGGACGUCGAGGACGAGGAAUUGUAAAUCUGCAUUCUCGAGAACAAAUUUAAUUCCAAUCUGAGGCCUCGAUCCUCAGCAGUGUAUCAUAGGCGUUGGAAGGGCUAGCGGGCCCGGUCUAGAGAGCCCGAUAAUGAACGGCUCGUUUCACGGCUCGGUCUUGCAUAUGUGCUAGCGAGGUAUCACGAACAAGGGAAUAUUUCCGCCCAUGCUAAUACCAUCUUAGUCUUUUUCUACUGUGAAGGGUUUCGAUUUCUGUAUGCUUAUGUAGCUACGUAUUGUUGACUUUUUGUUUUCUAGGGUUACUUCGAUCUACUGUCCACGCUUUGUCCUUGUUAAGCAUUGUUAUUAUCU